AUGACAAGCCAACGAGCGCUCCGUUCCCAGACAGCGAAUGCCAUGAAUGGCAAUAUUACUACUAGAAGCGGUAACAAACCUGCCAGCGCCAGCUCUGGGGCUGGCACCGUCAGCGGCAUUGGGCAUGGAGGUGCUUCAGGGGCAGGCAGGGGCCGCGGAGGAGGGGCAUCCAGAGCUGGAAGUGUUGGGCCCAUGGCUGCUGUGGCAGGAAGGGGUACGGGCCAGAAAGUGAAGGUCGGCAGUGAUAUUUCCGCAGAAGACAUGGCUCUCUUUUGUAGAGUUAAAAAGCAACUUGACGCCCAGAAAAAAUCAGCCAAAGACGCUGAGGAUGCAGCUAUUUCAAAGAAGAACAGGCUUCUUAUGGAUGCUGAAACUCUGCCCAAUGGAGCUCAGGUUGCUGGCGCAACAAGGAAACGGCGCCGUAUGGUGCUAGAUGACGAUGAACUGGAUAUUGCUGAUGAUUUGGAGCCUAUCACCACCUCUCUUAACCCUCCUGUAGAGGAACCAGAGACUGCUCCUCAAGAACCUGAGGAGGAAGACGAGGAAGACAAGCUGGAAGAACGUUCCACUAGGAAUGAAGAUGACGACGAUGUUGAAAUGGUCGGAGACGACGAAUUUAACGACAAGUUCAACAAGUUCAACAAUGGCGAUCGUGACGCCUAUGAGAACACCUUCAAAGACAAUGGGUUUCAAUCUAUUCCCAAGAGCACUACCUCAACUUCUUCUGUCACAACCUAUUCGAGGGAUUCCACGCCCUCGAUAACUAUGGCUAUCACUGGCAAGGCUGGAAGACGCACUGGAAAGAUUACCGAGUCUGAUUUUCCUGACCUCAUUCUGCCACUUGCCAUUGCACUUAAAAGCCGAAUCCGUUAUUUAGCAGCUUUCACCAAAGCCUUUCCUCCUACUGCACUGUCUGAGCGGGUGGACUAUGCUUGGAAGGCUGUCAAGGAGGCUGUUAACCUUGAUGGAAACCUUCAAGACGCAUACGGCUUCAUCGUCCGGGAUCCCCAGAUGAAGAAAAACAUUAUUUCCUUUGGCUUAUAUGCAAGAUCUGGGAUCACUAGCCCCAUAGUUUCUACUGUUCGCACGAAGAUGGCUGAUUUCUAUCAUCUAGGAGGUGGCAAUGAAAAGAUAGAGGAAGAUGUCGCAUGGUUGCUAAAAUCAAAGGCAUUCAUGUAUGGCGGAGUCAACGUCACAGAAAGAGAAUAUGACGACAUGAAGCCAUUUGGCUCAGAAUUCAUGAUGGAGAUGAUUGAAAUGCACUGGUUUCACGGGGGCCGUUCAAAUGCAAAUGAAGAGGCAACUGCUCAUAUGAUGGAAGAAAAAAGUAUUCCUCCAGCUGUAAUGUUUAUUGUGCUAGCGGCGAUGGAGCACGUCCUGAAGGAUUGGAGUAAAGGCGACGUAAAGGCAAAGAGUCCCUUCUACGAGAUACUCUCUCAGGCAAGCUUUGCUCGCCAUCUUGAGAAUUGGGAUAAAAUCAAACAGGAGGCACCCUACUGGCCGCGUUGGUGGAGUCGCCAAAUCUUCUCUUUAAUCGUACAAAAACCUGAGGAUAGAACUCAAGAGACGACAGAGAAGGAUUUAGAGAAGGUCAACUUCCAGGCCUUGAAUCGCCUGGCAGGAGGGCCUGGCUCUGCUCCUGCUGCCCCUACUGCCCCUACUGCCCCUACUGCCCCUACUGCCCCUGCUGCCCCUACUGCCCUUGCUGCCCCCACUGCCUAG